AUGUUCGGCUUCGUUGCUGACGGCUUGACCGUCGCCACGACUGUUCUUUUCCCCAUAUUUGCAUCCUACAAAGCCCUCCACAGCUCGGACCCUGCUCUGCUCGCACCCUGGCUGAUCUACUUUGUCGUCCUGUCGAUCCUGACUACGGUCGAGAAUGUGUUUGACUUUCUCCUCUGCUGGGUGCCCUUCUACGCGUGGAUCCGCUUCUUCAUCCACCUGUACCUGAUCAUGCCAGGCUCGCAGGGCGCUACCUUGGCCUACCAGGAGUACAUUGAGCCCUUCCUGUACCAGCACGAGCGCGAGAUCGAUCACUUCAUAAGCGAAAGCCAUGACCGUGGGAAGGCUGCGGGCCUGGCCUACCUGGGCAUGGGCAUCGAGUGGGUCAAGGUCAAUGUCCUGGGCUUUGCGCCUACCAAGCCCGAGUCGCCCAGACCUGCAGGCCAGUCGUAUGCCCAGAGCCUGAUGAGCCGGUUCCAGAUGCCGGCUGCAAGAGGGAGCAACGACUUGUACGGCUUGGUCAACCAGGCGCUGAGCGGAGCAAGCGCGUUGUAUGCCGGCAACCAGGGCGCGCAAGCUGCAGAGCUCAGCCGUGGCGCAAACCUGGUGCCUGACAACAUCCGCAACAACGACGACAGGCUCCACUACGUCACCUCGCAACGCCAGCGUCUCGAGACGUUGCUGCAGGCGUUCGACCGUGAGCAGGAGAGCAUCCGCACACAGCAGUCGACCGGUAGCCGAUACCACGAGGGAAGCAGGACCCCGACUACCAUCUCACGGAACAGGAGCGAGCUCGAGUUUGACCGCAUAGAGCGCGACGAGGCCAGCCCCCGCCCCCCCUACCCCACCACCCCUCCGCCACUGGGCAGGCGAACGAGCAGCGGCUGGAUGCCCUGGAACUGGCAGCGUCCACAGCCGCCGGCAGGCGGUGACGAUGGUGACGAGCCUCUGGCCUAUGGCAAAGAGCCUGGCGAGUCGAGGAGAGCACGCGCAAGUGGAUUUGACCUUGGGGAUCGCUAG